UUUUGAAAAUGGUAAAUUGAAAGCACCAUCUUUGGGAUGCCCAAAGAAAGUAUGUUAAGGCAGUCAGAGAAAGUGUUGUGAAAUCUCACAGUGAUGUCUCGUGCUAUAAGUCUAUUUUCAUCUGUUUCACUGGGAGCUAUAUGCCCCAUUUAGUCUAGCAACAUAAUGUUUUCCAGAACCAGAAGCACAAUGCAGCAAGUGUUGGAUAACCUUACAGAGCUGCCCUCAUCUACAGGAGCAGAAGAAAUAGACCUUAUUUUCCUCAAGGGGAUUAUGGAGAAUCCUAUUGUAAAAUCACUUGCUAAGGCUCAUGAGAGGCUAGAAGACUCAAAACUAGAAGCUGUCAGUGACAAUAACUUAGAAUUAGUCAAUGAAAUUCUUGAAGAUAUCACUCCUUUAAUAAAUGUGGAUGAAAAUGUGGCAGAACUGGUUGGUAUACUCAAAGAGCCUCACUUCCAGUCACUCUUGGAGGCCCAUGAUAUUGUGGCAUCAAAAUGUUAUGAUUCACCUCCAUCAAGCCCAGAAAUGAAUAAUUCUUCUAUCAAUAAUCAGUUAUUACCAGUAGAUGCCAUUCGUAUUCUUGGUAUUCACAAAAGAGCUGGGGAGCCAUUGGGUGUAACAUUUAGGGUCGAAAAUAAUGACCUGGUAAUUGCCCGAAUCCUUCACGGGGGAAUGAUAGAUCGACAAGGUCUGCUUCAUGUGGGAGACAUCAUUAAAGAAGUCAAUGGCCAUGAGGUUGGAAACAAUCCAAAGGAAUUACAAGAAUUAUUGAAAAAUAUUAGUGGAAGUGUCACCCUAAAGAUUUUACCAAGCUAUAGAGAUACCAUAACUCCUCAACAGGUAUUUGUGAAAUGUCAUUUUGAUUAUAAUCCAUACAAUGAUAACCUGAUUCCCUGCAAAGAAGCAGGAUUGAAGUUUUCAAAAGGAGAAAUUCUUCAAAUUGUAAACAGAGAAGAUCCAAACUGGUGGCAGGCUAGCCAUGUAAAAGAGGGAGGAAGUGCUGGUCUCAUUCCAAGCCAGUUCCUGGAAGAGAAGAGAAAGGCAUUUGUUAGAAGAGACUGGGACAAUUCAGGACCUUUUUGUGGAACCAUAAGUAGCAAAAAAAAGAAAAAGAUGAUGUAUCUCACAACCAGAAAUGCAGAAUUUGAUCGUCAUGAAAUCCAGAUAUAUGAGGAAGUAGCCAAAAUGCCUCCCUUCCAGAGAAAGACUUUAGUAUUGAUAGGCGCUCAAGGUGUGGGACGAAGAAGCUUGAAAAACAGGUUCAUAGUGUUGAAUCCCACUAGAUUUGGAACUACAGUGCCAUUUACUUCACGGAAACCAAGGGAAGAUGAAAAAGAUGGUCAGGCAUAUAAAUUUGUGUCACGUUCUGAGAUGGAAGCAGAUAUUAAAGCUGGAAAAUAUUUGGAACAUGGGGAAUAUGAAGGAAAUCUCUAUGGAACCAAAAUUGAUUCUAUUCUUGAAGUUGUCCAAACUGGACGAACUUGCAUCUUGGAUGUCAACCCACAAGCCUUGAAAGUGCUGAGGACAUCCGAGUUCAUGCCCUAUGUUGUAUUUAUUGCUGCUCCAGAACUUGAGACGUUACGUGCCAUGCACAAGGCAGUGGUGGAUGCUGGCAUCACUACUAAGCUUUUGACGGACUCUGACUUGAAGAAAACCGUGGAUGAAAGUGCACGAAUUCAGAGAGCAUACAACCACUAUUUUGAUUUGAUCAUCGUAAACGACAAUCUAGACAAAGCCUUUGAAAAACUACAAACUGCCAUAGAGAAGCUGAGAAUGGAGCCACAGUGGGUCCCAAUCAGCUGGGUUUACUGAUGAUUCACUAAGGUUCAGAAUGGAAAUAAAACUUUUUAAAAGUGACUGCAACAAAUAAGCCUUCUACUGAGAAAAUACAUGCACAGAUAGACAAUAUCUGCCAAGUUUAGGCAUUUUUAUUGUGUAGAUUGAAAUACCAGUACACUAUUCUGAAUUUUUAUAUAAAAUGUGGUUGGGAAGGUGUACUAAUAUAUAAUUUAUCUUAAUUUUUCUAACUUUUUAUGGAUAAUAUUUCUAUUCAUACCACAUAAAGAAAUGCGUUGAAGCAUUUUGUAUAUGUUUUGAUUUAGUACCCUUGCCUUUUUCAUCAAAGGAAUUUUCAAAUCCUUCAUUCUCAUAUUGGUCUCCCAUUUUCACUGUGAUAAUGAAUACUUGAAAUAGUUUUGUAAAGCUGUCCUUUGGUUCAGUAUCAACUAGUGAAGGGUCAGUUACUCUUAGGAAAAAAUUGUAGUUAUUGGCCUUCUUUCCUAAUACAAGUUCUUACAGAAGCAGGACUGUAACGUCAGUGCCAUCCAAGGCUGACAUUGAAAGUCUGCUCAACACUACAUGGCUUCAUUAUUUCAAAGAUAGAUGGCUAUCCAUUCUAAUUUAAACAAAUAUAUUGGUUUCUUUUCCCUUCAUUUCUAUCUUGAGGGGAAAAGUGAAGAGCAAUAGUUGGCACUCUCAUUUGUUGCCAUGACAGGCUGAUGCUUGAGUGAAUGUGUCCCCAGCAAGCAAGGCCAUGCAGGCUGAGAGAGUGCCUUAUCCUUUAACACGUAAACUGACACAAAGUUGAUUUAUUUUCACAUGUAGAAAUUUGACAAAAACGAUCCUACUGCUUUCAACAGGUUUUCAUUAGGAAUCGGUCAGCAAAUGUAUUAUGCCUCUGCAAAUUUUUUUGAUGCUUUAAAAUGCCUCUAAGUUUGCAAGUGGGGGAUUUGGUGAACAAUCAGUGUGCUUUUUUUGAAGUGGGAUGUGAUUGUUAGAAUAUUUGUUAAAUCUGUUGUGUUGAGAACCAAAUCCAUUGAACAAUUUAUAAGAUUUGCAAAUAACUGUAAGCCGUUUCAUCCAUAUGUAAUAUAUACAUUAUAUAAUAUGUACAUUGUAUGUAUUAUAUAAUAUAUAUUAAAAAAGGUUUCAUAUAUUGUUUUUACGUUUCUGUUAGGAAAUGUACUUUUUUGUUUAAUGAUUAGGAAAACAAAACAGCUCCCCUCCUUUAGAUGCGUUAACAUACUCAGAUUUUUAAGAUUCAUCUCCAUUUGUAUCUCCCUUUAGGAUUCUUAGAUGGUAUAUAUUCUUCCUCAAACAUAUUUAGAGAUGUAGCUCAUCAUUAAACUAAGUUAGCCAUGUUUUAUAUUGCUGCCAACUUUUCACAGGGACAGUAUUCACACUUAAAAGGUUAGGUGCUUAAAUAUUAGUGGUCAUCUUUGUCAGUGGUAGGCAUUAGACACCUGGCUGUUGAAUUUGUUUUCUUCUCAGCAAAGCUGUCACAUGGAAUGCCAGCCAGGAGCACUUAGAGGGAAGAGAAAAUACACGGCAGUAAGCAGUAUGCACACAUUGCUUUAAAUCUUUUUAACAAUGAAACAACGCCCAAGUUGCUGUAUGGUUAAGAGUGGAAAUCUAUAGGUAUUUUUUUCUAGAAUUUCAUAUCCAGAACACAAAUUAAUGUUCUUUGUCCUAGCAUAGGACAUCAGUGGCAAAAUGGAUCAUACCCUUUUAAUAACUUUGGUAACUUUUAAACAACGUAUAUUUACAUCAGAAUUCUGGCUUCUCAAAGCAACCUGAAUCAAAGCACAGUGUCAAGGUAAUAUCUUAUGACUUAAUGUUUCAACAUACUAUAAAUUUUAAGAGAAGUUUCAUUUUCAUGUUCUCAGGAAAUGUGCUGUCUUCUAUGGUAUGCCUUCAUGCUGCUGCAUGGAGCCUCUGUGAACAACUGUACGAUCAUCGUAACAGCACAAGUUUAUCCACAAAAAUAUUUCAACUGUCUUGACAUGAUAGAGAUGAUUUUUACAUCAUAUAUAUUUUUAGCUUUAUCAUCUAGCAUAAAAUGCAUAUUAGAAAAUAGUCUAUACUUAAAGGAAUUAUUUCUAUUAUAAAUUAUAUUCAUGACUAAUUAAUACACACUUGAUUCCCCAUAAUAUAAAAUGAAAUAAUGCUCUUUAGUUAAUUUCAGUCAAGAUGCCAGAGCUGAAGAGAAUAAAUUCAGAGAAGUUAUUUCAGUCCAGAUGCCAGAGCUGAAGAGAAUAAAUUCAGAGAAGUUCAUUGUAUCUCAAUAGAGUCAUUGAACUUGAAACUGAAGUCUCAUCUGAGUCUGCAGGACCUGGCAGAUACCUGCUGGGGCAAGGAGUCCCAAGGGCCCCAGUAGUCUCCCAAGGCAACAAGAGUAUAGUUGUAAUCAAGGAAAUGUGAAUCUCUCUUGUGGGAAAUAUACAAAAUAAUGAGCUUUACCGAAGAGAAAUGGUUUAAAGUGAUGUUGAACAACUGAUAAUAGUUAAAAUACACAUGCACCUGCAUAUGCUUUUGGGAAACGUGCCAAUACGUUAAUGCACAUGAGCAUUCUUUGUAGACAGAUGAAUGUCCACAUUCAGCAUUCAGGGCAUGACUAUUUCCAUACAACUAAAUAUUAUGUAUAUAUAUAUUUUUUUUUUAUUUUCAAAUGUACAAAUACCCACAGAAUUGAUGUUCCUGGGUAAGCCAUAUAACACUGUAACUAGUGGAAUACAUGCGAUGCAUUGCAAGUAGAGUUUCACUUUUGUUCUAGCCAUGCCUUGAUUAUGCAGUCUCUAUUUCUGUUUGGUAUUUGGAUAAUAUCAAUCCAAUACAUCAGGACUUUGUUUACUUUUAUCAAUUCUAACUAUACAAUUGCUGAACAUAGCUUUUUAAAAUAGAAAUCAUAAGCCCAUGAACAACUACAGCAAUAGUAGCCUGAAUCUAGAUUCUAGAAUCUAGUAAAUUUACUUAUAGUAACUUAUAAGGACAACUUUUCUUUAAAAGAGCAAAUUGAUUAACACAAAUUUAGAAAAUAAUGCAAAUUAGCAAUAAAAUACAAUAGGGUAGCAUUAUAGAUUAUGGCCAGAUACUAACUGCUUUGACCAUACUUUCUCAAUGACAAUAAAAGAUGAUCUUUGCUUUAACAAUUCAUUAAAUUGCUACUUAUUGUUAGGUAAAACAACAAGUGUCAUAAUCUAGUAAUUGGAGUUGAUUUUCAAGAUGGAUAGCCAUGGAGUUAGGUACAAUUACUUUAAACUGGUAAAUAUUGAACAUCAAGUUCUAAAAAUUGGUCAAAAUAGCAAUCUACUUAACAUUGUACUUUUAUGACUUCUGAAACAACACUCCAUUUUCCAGAAAUCACAGGAUAGGGAGCCAAUAAUUUUGUAGUAAUGAAUCUUUAUACUAAAUAUGAAAAAAGAAAUCCUUAACUUUUAUGUACAUAUAUAGGUCAUUUUUUAAAUGUCUCAGUCACCAUAUAUAAUAUAUAUACAGCCAUAUGUAUAAUAUGUAAAACUCUCCCAAACUACAUGAAUAAUAAAACUAAAUGUGUUUACCCAUGUAAUUAUAGCUAGUGUUCUUAAAUGUUUACUCCCAAGUUCUUAGACCUUCUGAAAAAAAAUUUUUUUUGAUGUUGUUUUAUAAGACUCUUGUUUUACCUUGAGGCAGAUACUAAUCUCCUUUUUGAAAAAAAUGUAUGAUGAAAUUCAGAUCAGAAAAUUAUCACUAUAACAAUUUCCUUAAGGAAAAAGGACAGAGUUCUAAAUGGCAUUGUCUUGGGAAAUACUUAUUUAAGCUUUCAAAUGAAUUUGUGAUAUGACUCAGAUUUAGAGAUUGGGGUAACUGCCCUCCUCUUCCAAUGGAUUUGCUGUGAAAAUAUCUGUGUAAUAAUAUCUGCAUUUUGAGUUUUGGGAGAAAUUCAGUAUUUUAAAUAAUGGCAUUGUAUAUAGUACAAGUGAAUAUUCACAAACUUUCUUUUUUUUAAUGUUUAUUUAUUUUUGAGAGAGAGAGCGCAUGAGCGGGGGAAGAGCAGAGAGAGAGGGAGACACAGAAUCCAAAGCAGG